AUGGGUUUUGCCUUGGAGCUCGUGGAGCAUGCGUUCGGGGCGAUCGGGUCGGCGUCGCCGCUCAAGCAGGCCGCGGGCGUCAACCUCCCGCGCGGGCCCAAGAUGUCGUCGCCCUUUGCCUUUCCGCUCAUCCACUCGUUCCAUGCGGCGACCGACCGACCGGCCUUUUUGGCGCACCCGCUCGGUAGCGCCGCCUCGGUCGCCGCCACCGACGCUGCGGCCCCGCCGCCAGCCGCGCCGAGCGUCUCGCCCGAGUGGCUUCUCCGCGUGUGUGAGCAGCAUGCGGCGCUCACGCAGAGCGUCUUUUCCGGCCUCGAGCUCGCCAACUCGGUUGUGGACGCGCUCAAGACGGACGACGCCGAGUCGACUGUGUUCAACCUCCUCGGGUUCGACGGCUUUGACUUGAUCCAGGAGAUUCUCUCGAACCAGAGUUCGAUCGUGGCCAUGACGUCAUCGCAGCUCUCGCGCGCCCACGCGAUCGCGCACGGCGUCGUCGGCGCUGGUGGCAAGACGAAGGGUGCGUCCAUGAGCAUCCAGAGCGAGACCGACCAAGCUGUGGCCCGCCACGCGCGCAAGGAGGCCCGGCGCAACGCCCGGCGCAACCCCCGAAAUGACGAGGCCCACGACGAGGCCGACUGGCUCGAAGCCGCGGGCUACGACAUGGACGUGGUCAACGCGCUCCGCGAGAGCCAGCAAGGCCAGGCGCGAUCGCCGACGUCGCAGCUCAAGGAGCAGUUUGGCGACUUGUCGUACGACACGAGCGCGAUGGCGUCCGGUCUUCCGUCGAACGCGAUCAAGACGGUUGCGAAAGGCUACGAGAAGGUCUUUAUCCCGCCGCUGAUUGCGCGGCCGACGUCCAAGGACGAGCUCGUGCCGAUCUCGGCGAUGGACGACUUUGCCGUCGGCGUCUUUGAAGGCAUCACGCACCUCAACCGCCUCCAGAGCAAGCUCUUUGAGGCCGCGUACCACUCGAACCAGAACCUCCUCGUGUGCGCGCCGACGGGCGCGGGCAAGACGAACGUGGCCAUGAUGACGAUCCUCAAGGAGUUCAAGAACCAGCGUUUGUACAACGGCGGCGACAUUGGUAGCAUGAAGAUCAUCUACGUCGCGCCCAUGAAGGCGCUCGCGCAGGAGGUCGUCACGCGCUUCUCCAAGCGACUCAAGUGCCUCAAGCUGCGCGUCGCCGAGCUCACGGGCGACAUGCAGAUGACGAAACAGGAGAUUGAAGACACGCAUCUGAUUGUGACGACGCCGGAAAAGUGGGAUGUGAUCACGCGCAAGACACACGAGCAAGCGCUCAUCUCGCAAGUGCGGCUUCUCAUCAUCGACGAAGUCCACUUGCUUGCGGACGAGCGCGGGCCGGUCAUUGAAACCAUCGUCGCCCGCACGUUGCGUCGCGUCGAGUCGUCGCAGACCAUGAUCCGCAUCGUCGGCUUGUCGGCGACGUUGCCCAACUACAAGGACGUCGCCGAGUUCCUCCGCGUGCCGCAUCCGAAAGACAAGCCGAGCGGCGGCGGUCUCUUCCACUUUGACGCGAGCUACCGCCCGGUGCCACUGGCGCAGACGUUCAUUGGCAUCACGGACAAGGGCCGGAGCAAGCAGAUGGCGGCGAUGAACCAGCUCGCGUACGAGUAUGCGCUCGAGAACCUCGAGCACGGCCAGCAAGUCAUGAUCUUUGUGCACUCGCGCAAGGAGACGGUCGGCACGAUCCGCGCGGUGCUGGAGAUUGCAGCGCGCGCCGGGACGCUCGACCUCUUCUGCCCCGGUACGCCCGUGAAGGAAGCGACGGCCCAUGCGCUCAGCGGGCUCGUGCUCAAGAGCCGGAACCGCGAGCUGCAAGAGUUUGUCGGGCAUGCCUGCGGCAUCCACCACGCCGGCAUGCUCCGGUCCGAUCGGAAUCUCACCGAGCAGCUCUUCGAGAACGGCCAGCUCCGCGUGCUCUGCUGUACGGCGACGCUGGCGUGGGGCGUCAACUUGCCCGCGCACGCGGUCUUGAUCAAGGGCACGCAGAUCUACAAUGCGGAGAAGGGCUGCAUGACGCCCCUGAGCAUGCUGGACGUGAUGCAAAUCUUUGGUCGCGCGGGUCGACCCCAGUACGACACGUCGGGGGAAGCCACGAUCGUGACGACGCACGACCAGCUCGACCACUAUCUGCGGCUAUUGGUGCACCAAGCGCCGAUCGAAUCGGCGCUCAUCAAGACGCUGCCCGACCACUUGAACGCCGAGAUCGUCUCGGGCACGGUCGCCAACAUGGCCGAAGCGCUGGUCUGGCUCAGCUACACGUACCUCAACGUGCGCAUGCUCCAGAGCCCGAUGACGUACGGCAUGUCGUACGACGAGCGCGCGAACGACCCGAUGCUCGUCAACAAGCGCACGUCGCUGCUGCAGGAGGCGGCCAAGACGCUCGAGAGCUGCCGCAUGAUCCGCUUUGACCAAAGCCGCGGCGAGUUUGCGCUGACCAACUUGGGCCGCGUCGCGAGUCACUACUACAUUACGCACGCGACGAUCGAGACGUUCAACGAUAUGCUCAUGAGCGACAUGGACGAACAGACUGUGCUCAACGUCAUUUGCUCGUCGACGGAAUUUGAGCAAGUCAAGGUGCGGGACGACGAGCUCGUUGAACUCGACAAGAUCAAGAAGGCGUGCAAGAUUCCGAUCAAGGGCGAGAACACGUCGUCGGGGAAGGCCAACAUCCUCCUCCAAGCGUACAUUUCCAACAUGUCGCACAAGCUCUCGAGCUUCACGCUCAUCUCGGACACGAAUUACGUGGCCCAGAACGGGUCGCGCGUGACCCGGGCGCUCUUUGAGAUUUGCCUCAAGAAGGGCUGGCCGCUCGCGGCCGAGCGCGUGCUCAACAUCGCCAAGUCGAUCGACAUGCGGUUCUGGUCGACGCAGUCGCAGCUGCGGCGCUUUGGCGCCGAGCGGUACGGCAACGACAUGGACACCGUGUCGACGCUCACCAUUGCCGACAUUGGGCCGCUCGUCAAUGGCCCGCGCGUCGCCGAGAAGGUGCUCCAGCACGUGCGGUACCUUCCGUACUUGGACGUGGACGUGAGUGCGCAACCCGUGACCGACGGCGUCCUCCGGCUCACGGUCAAGCUCGGCUGCGACUUUGAGUGGGCCGACCUGUACCACGGCAAGGUCGAGUCGUGGUGGGUCUGGGUCGAGGACGAGGCCGCAAUCUACCACGCCGAGCACGUCUUGAUCCACAAGGCGCAGUACCUGUCGGGCGAGGUCAUUUCGCUCGUCUUUCACAUUCCGCUCUUUGCGCAGAGCGUCAACUCGUACAUGCUGCGCGUCUUGUCGGAUCGGUGGGUCGGUGUCGACAGCCACCACGACAUUGACGUGCCGACGCCCAAGACGACGUCGGCGCCGUCACUCUUUUACACGCCGCUGCAGUCGUUGCACCCGCUGCCGAUCGCGGCGCUGAACGAGCCAGCGUUUGAGACGUGCUACCCGUACCCAUUCUUCAACCCGAUCCAGACCCAAGUGUUUCAUACCUUGUACCACACGGACGGCAACGUGCUCCUGGGGGCGCCGACGGGCAGCGGCAAGACGAUCGUGGCCGAGCUCGCCAUGCUGCGCGUGUGGAAGCAAGCGCAAGGCAGCCCGCUGGUCGUUUACGUCGCGCCGCUCAAGGCCCUCGCGCGCGAGCGCGUCAAAGACUGGACCCACAAGUUUGCGCCUCUCGGGAAAAAGGUCGUCGAGCUCACGGGCGACACGACGGUCGAAGCGUCGGUUCUCAAGCGCGCGUCGAUCAUCGUGACGACGCCGGAAAAGUGGGACGUGGUCACGCGCCAGCUCACGCGCACGUCGUUUGUGCAGCACGUGCGGCUCGUGCUGCUCGAUGAGAUCCAUUUGCUCGGCGAAGACCGCGGCCCGGUCCUCGAGGCCAUCGUCUCGCGCAUGCGCAUGCUUCGCCCAUCAAUUCGCCUCGUCGGCUUGUCGACCGCCCUCGCCAACGCGAUCGACGUCGGCGCCUGGAUGGGGAUUGACGAGCCGUCGGCGGGCAUCUUCAACUUUCGCGCGUCCGUGCGGCCGAUCCCGAUGGACGUGCACUUGCAGGGCUUUCCGGGCCGCCACUACGUGCCGCGGAUGACAGCGAUGAACAAGCCGACGUACGCCGCGAUCGUGACGCACUCGCCCAAGAAGCCGUCGCUCGUGUUUGUCGCGUCGCGCGCGCAGACGCGACUGACGGCCAUGGCCCUUGUCUCGUUUGCUGCACUCGACGGCACGCCCAAGCAAUUUUUGCAUGAAGACGAAGAGGUCAUGGACGCGAUCGUGCAACAGGUGCGCGACCCGGCCCUCAAGGACGCGCUUGUCUUUGGCAUCGGUCUGCAUCACGCCGGAUUGAGCGCCAAGGACCGCGAUGUCGUCGAAGAGCUCUUUCUGAACGGGAAGAUCCAAGUCGUGAUUUGCACGUCGACGUUGGCGUGGGGCGUGAACCUCCCGGCGCACCUCGUGGUCAUCAAGGGCACCGAGUUUUACGACCCGAAGCAAGGCCGAUACGCCGACUUUCCGAUGAGCGACAUCCUCCAAAUGAUGGGCCGCGCGGGGCGCCCGCAGUUUGACACGACGGGCGUCGCCGUCGUCUUGGUGCACGAAGACAAGCAGAACUUUAUCAAGCGCUUCAUUUACGAGCCGAUGCCGGUCGAGUCGUCGCUGCACUUGUCGCUCGAGAACACGCUCAACGCCGAAGUGGCCAACGGCACGAUCAAGACGAUGGGGGAUGCGGUCACGUACCUGUCCUGGACGUUCCUCUUCCAGCGCGUCCAGAAGAACCCUGCGUACUAUGGCCUCGAGGAAGGGCAGGAGACGAGCUACUUUUUCCAGCGCCUCGUCACCGACAUGCUCGCCAAGCUCGUCGCCAACGGCUGCGUGCAGCAGCGUGGCAAGGCGCUAUCGCCGACGCCGCUCGGGAAGAUUGCGAGUGCCCAGUACCUCGACUAUGCGACGGUCUACCACUUGCACACGGCGCUGGCGGCGCUCCAAAUCUCGGAGAAAGACGACGAAGACGCGACGAUGAAGGCACUCCUCGCCAUCAUCGCGGGCUGCGCCGAGUUUGCCGACACGCCGUUGCGGCCGCACGAAGCCAAGACGAACGCGUCGCUGGCCGCCGCGGUGCGCUUUGCCAAGCUCGAGAAGCACUGGAAGUGGGAUGCGCACGGCGCCAAGAUGAAGACGAGCAUCUUGCUGCAGAUGCACCUCGGCCGCCUCCAAGCGCCGUCGAGCGAGUGCUACAACGACCUCCGCGUCGUGCUCGACAACCUUCCGCGCAUCUCCGGCGCCAUGGUCGACAUUGCCGCGCUCCUUGGACGCGUCCCGCUCGUGCACGCGUGCGUUGCGAUGGCCCAAGGACUCCUCUUUGGCAAGUGGCCCGACCGCCUCGGGUGGCUCGAGCUGCCGCACCUCUCGGCGGCCGACGUUGCCCAUUUGCCGCCGAUCGCCAACGCCGCAGAGGCGGUCUGGCCCAAGCGACUUAGCAGCGACAAGGUCCGCGAGCUUCAGGCCGCACUGCAACACGUGCCGCACGUCGAUGUACGCGUGACGCAGCAGCCGUCGACCAAGAAGGACGGCGUCGACGUCACGGUGAGCGUGCGCGUCACGAACGAGUCGCUCCUGCCGUCGGUGGUCUCGACGCGGUUCGUCAAGCCGCGCCCGCGCCUUCUCUACGCGCUGCUUGUGGACGCAACGGACCCGGCGAAGCUCCUCGGGAUGGUGCAUUUGCCGUACCGGCGCAAUGCGACCAAGACGCUGACGUUGCGUGGCGCCCCGGAGCGCGCGAUCAACCUCCAAGUGGUAUCGAAUGCGUCGGCCGUCGUGUUGGUGCCCAGCUCGUCGUGAUUCUUGUCAAGUGCGAUGGGUCAGAGUAGUAUCCAGUUGAUGGGAUUCAAACGAAACACUCGGAUGUCGAAUUUCGACAAACG